GCUGAGGCGCCGCCGGCCAUGGGGCGGCUCGGGCCGGCCGCGCGCCGCUUCCCGCCUUGCGCUCCCCUCAGCGGCCGCUCCCCUCCGCGGCCGCUUCCCGCCGGCGUUGGGCUGUGCUCAGCAGCAUUGGCCGGCCUUGGCGGCAGCCUUUCGGCGUCACAACAUGGCCGGGGCCGCGCCGGGGCCACCGGUGAAAGUGCUGGCCGCCCAGCUGCGGGCGGCGAUCCGUGGCGCCGACGGGAGCUGGAGUUUGGGCCGGGCGGAGGGGGGCCGGGCGCCGCUGUGCUUGAGGACCGUCUGGAUGCAAGGAACCGUGCUGGAGGUGGAGCUCGGCGGCGCAGGCGGCGGUUCGGCCCGGCUGCAAGACUGCAGCGGUUCCUUCACCGUGCUGGGGGUGGCAGAGGUGCCCAAAGGGCGGCCAUGCCUCAGCGCAGGGAAGUAUGUAAUGGUGAUGGGUGUGGUGCGAUCCUGCAGUCCUGAGCCUAUUCUUCGAGCAAUAAAGAUGACAGAUCUUUCUGAAAACCCAGUGCAUAAGAGUAUGUGGAACCUUGAAGUGGAGGAUUUGCACAGAGUCAUUCCAUGAUUCCUUUUCUUUUGCGUGAAAUACCUAGAAAUGCACCUUUCUGUGGUGUCUUUUUGGUGCAGAACACUGGGAUGUUGCCUGUAUUUGUGGUUUAGAACACUCUUGGAGUAUACUGAAGUAAGGCUCGAGCUAAGUGGAAGGAUCUGCACAUAUCUGAUGAUAGUCAUAGUGUUCAACUUUUUCAGUCUUUCCUUGUUUUCCAAACGUCUUGGUAUACUUGAUGUAUGUAACAUGUAUGCUGUUAUGUGGGAAUACACAGUAUUAUGUUAUUUACUGCUUCUAGUAACCUGUGUUGAGACAGUCAUUCCUAUACCAGUGUAUUCUUGGCAGCAGAACUAUACUGAACCAGGGUGAACUCGUUUUGUGAAAUGAGGACAAAAUGUGUUUUGGUCCAUUGGAAAUAACAUUUUUACCUGUGUUUUCUCCUUCAGUAAUAACCAUAUCAGUAAAGUCUACCUGUAAGACAGGUGUCUCUUUCUAACUGUAA